CGUCAAGCUUCUCGAGGGACAGCAGGUAGUUCCUGAUAAAGCCGCAUUAUACUUCUCUUGGCAACCGAUACCGAGGAGCAGGCUCCAUUGCCUAUGCCGUCUAAAAACGGCGCAGACGGUCCUGCGCCGGCCGAAAAUGAGCCUCAACCCGAAAGUCGCCCGCCAUCCUCUCCUCCAACCCAGCUUCCCAAACGAACACUUUUCAGCGUCCCAACUCCGAUAAAACAGAUUUUCGAUCGUUUCCCCCUUGUCACAUAUAACGCGGAUGAGGCUCCCAAAGGCCACACUGGCCAGUCCAUCAGAAAUAGACUCUUUGUCUUCAUUGAUCCUGACGACGCCAGGAAAGGGGCGCCGUCCUUUAACCCGCAAUGCUUAAAGUGGCAGUCUUAUUUGAAAUUUGUUGGCAUCGACUUUGAUCUUGUCCCCUCAAAUAACCAUGCAUCUCCGACCGGCGCCCUCCCGUUUCUCUAUCCCGCACUACCAGCCGACAGCUUAGACCCAAUUCCUUCGAAUAAACUACAAAAAUGGGCUAUUGAGGAGGUCCAUUGUGAAGAAGAACAGCAACUGAACGUGCGGUUUGACGUAUAUAUGUCGUUAUUAGAUCAGCGGAUACGCACCGCAUGGUUAUAUCAAUUUUAUCUGAAUGAGUUGAAUUUCGAUAAAGUGGCGCGGAAACGAUACAUCGAUCCCUCAACAUCUAAUGCCAUAGUGCAGGCGACACUUGCCGUGCAGCUGCAACAGGCCGCUCGGGAUGAACUGCUCAAGCAUUCCAACUUUAUCAAUGUCAAUGAUCUCGAGGCUGAUGCAGACGAUGCUUUCCAAGCCCUUUCGACACUCCUAGGCACAGCAGAAUUCUUCUUCGACCGAGACCGCCCUGGAUUAUUCGACGCCAGUGUUUUUGCGUACACUCAUCUCCUACUCGAUGGCUCUAUGAAAUGGAAAUAUAACGGGCUUGCGAGACUGCUAUCGAAACACGAAAAUCUUGUGCAACAUCAACAAAGACUAUUUGAAAAGUACUUUUAGAGGAUCGUUGAAACGGUGCUACUUUAACUUUUUUUUGUUUCACUAUAGACAUGUAUGAUAUCUGUAAAAUAUGGGCCAAUCAAGUCCCGUCUCUUCUCAGAGCACAACACUUCAAUCGAUGCAUAUUCAC